CUACGUAUUGCGUAUAUAAAUGCGGUGCUUCAAAACGAAAAUUAUCUUUUUCUAGCCAACAUGACUAGGUCAGCAAUCCUAAUUUUAAUCGUCAUCAUCCCCUCAACGGUGCUUGCCUACAGCUCUUCCAUAACUGUAAAACAACUGAUGGACGCCUGGCGCACAAAAGCUACAAGCGAACAUCCCGAAUGCAUGACCAUAUCGGGUGCUAACCAAGAGGAGGUCGACCUGUAUUGGUUCAAGUAUCGCGGCACGGACACCCGCACCUUUAAGUGUUACCUCGCGUGCAUACUUCAACGAUUCCAAUUGGUUUUCGAAGAUGGCAGUUUGAAUGAGGAUGCUAUCGUCCACAUCGACAAGGUGACGAACGACAUGAUUAAGGACUGUCACAGAAAUUACGUGCACCCAGACCUGUGUCAACUGUCUUUCGAUUUCGCCACUUGUAUCAUGAAAGAUUUGCAAAAUUGAUCGUGUAACUAAUCUUCAAAUCUUGUAAUAAACAAUAGUUCUUCAGGUAUUCAAGAAACUGUUCUAAUAUAUUUUC